AUGUCUAGGAAACCACUUACAACUCAGUUGUCGUUCAAGGGCAUGCCACAGCCUGCUCCACUGCCACCUCCCCUACAGAUUCCGACUGCAACAGCAUCGGCACCAAUCCCAAUUGCAACUCCGACUACACCACCACCAACAAUUACACCAAGGACUAUUGCUACUUCUUCUUCCUCUAUCAACACACACAACAAACAAGCUCCACCUUUACCUCCACCCCGUGAUGCCAAGGCCAAUGUUAAGUCGGCAGUCAUCUCCACCAAGCUCAAGAAAUUCUUCACCAAUCGUCCAUCACGUGACUCACUCUACCAGCGACACAUCCUAAGUGCGCCCUACAACUCCUCCAAUCUAUCCUACUACAACGUAUUCAAGAUAAUCGGAGCACUAAAGAAUGCAAAUGUUGUAAACACAGAGGGUAUCUUUAGGAUAAAUGGAAAUGCAGAGACAAUAAGGACACUUUGGAUAUCACUCAAUACAGCAGAGUUGAAUUUAGAGAUACCACAUACACAUCAUGAUCUGGCUGGUCUGCUGAAGUUAUACUUGAGGGAGACCAAGUUCCCACUGGUACCCAUUGAGCUAUUGCCAAACAAGACGACACCGACCCGUGUUGAUGGCAUCAAAGAGCUAGUUGGCAAACUUCCAGAUGACAACAUCCGAGUGUUGGCCUACCUCAUUGGUUACCUCGAGCAACUCACACAAAAUAGUCAAGUCAACAAGAUGAACUCUGUCGCGCUAGGAGUAUGCUUCGCGCCAAACAUCAUCAGAUCAAUCAGUACAAACUCAAGCAAUACUGUUAAUAUAGCACCAGAUUCGUUGAAUCAGAUACAGAACUAUUGUAACUUGAUCACAACCAUAAUAGAUAAUAGGGAAUCAAUAUUCAGACCAUAUGACAGUAUAAUCAAUGGAAGUGAACAGCUGGACAAGAUUGACACUGCAGUCUACUCUUCAUCACCAUGCGAUGAGUACAUCAAUGAGAUACCUCCUCCACCACCUCUGCCAAUCUUUGACAGCACUGGAAGUCUCAGUCCAAUCUCUCCACUCUACGACGAGCUCACCAACGAACUGAUCGAGUGUGUAACCUGUGGCAAGAAGGACAUCAUAGUCGGUAGGCUAACAAAUCUCUUUGUCUCUGAUCCAGACAACCUUAAACUCUUUUUGAAGGAUAUGGGAGUAGACUGCUUGGUAUCAUUGCUGGAAGUCAUCCUGACCUAG